AGGAUCCAUCCUUCUCUGGGGAGUGCCUGUUUCACUGGGCUGAGCUAUUGUGGGCUUUAUCAAACAGACGUAAGUAUGGGAAUAACUAAUGUACUCUUCUCUUUCUAAUUCUUUCUUACAGCUCAGCGUGCUGCCAUCCUUUGGGUUUCUUUUUGACAUUGAUGGUGUACUGGUGCGAGGGAAGACUCCAAUUCCUGCUGCAAAAACAGCCUUCCAGAAGCUAGUGAACUCUCAGGGACAGUUCAUGGUGCCUGUGGUGUUUGUCACCAAUGCAGGGAAUUGCCUUCGCCAGGAAAAAGCUGAUCAGUUGUCACAGCUACUGGGAGUUCCAAUUUCCCAGGACCAGGUGGUGAUGUCACACAGUCCUCUGCGGAUGUUCAAGAGGUACCAUGACAAAUGUGUUCUUGUAUCAGGACAAGGACCUCUUCUUGAUAUUGCUCAGGACCUUGGUUUCUGUCAACCUAUUACCAUUGAAACACUGCGGGAGAAACACCCUUUGCUAGAUGUAGUUGACCAUGACAGAAGACCUAACGCUCUGUCCCCCUCUGCUGUGGAACUUCCCAAGAUUGAGGCUGUUGUUUUGUUUGGGGAACCAGUCAGAUGGGAGACCAACCUUCAGCUGAUAAUAGAUGUUUUGCUGACAAGUGGCUACCCUGGAAAUCCCUAUCACCAUGAAAAUUACCCUCACAUUCCUGUGCUUGCCUGUAACAUGGAUCUGAUGUGGGUAGCUGAAGCACAGUCUCCAAGGUUUGGGCACGGAACAUUCAUGGUUUGUCUGGAAAACAUUUACAAGAAGAUCACAGGCAAAGAUCUGAAAUAUGAGGCCCUCAUGGGCAAACCCAGUAAAGUGACCUACCAGUACGCAGAAUACCUCAUCAGGGCCCAGGCAGCAGAGAGGCAGUGGCAGCACCCCAUUCACACCCUGUAUGCUGUCGGAGAUAAUCUCAUGACUGAUGUCUAUGGUGCUAACCUUUACAAUCGCUAUCUUGAAGAGAACUCCAGACAAGGUUCAAAAUCCUGGGUUCAGGCCAAAGCUGCUGGUGGCAGGGGACCCACCGCGCUCUCUCAGGAUGAGGAGAUAGACAACAGUUGGGAGAAUGAGUUAGCAUCCGCAGCUGCUGCCCACUGUAGGUCUGUUCUUGUUUGUACUGGUGUUUACAACCCACACACCGAGGUGCCCUUGGAUACCAGGGUGAGCAUAGCUGAAAUGGUGUUCCAUGGCCACAGAGAUUUUAGAUUUGAGCCUGGGUUAGUAGAACCAGAUCAUAUUGUACCAGACAUUGAUGCUGCCGUAGACCUGGUCUUCCAGCUGGAGAACUUUGCACCUUACUGAAAUGACAUGAUUUCUUAAGGACUACUCAGUGCUAUGCUUUUCUUCCCACAGACCAAACUGUGCUUUAAAAUCAUGCCACAAACUGCUGCUUUCUAAAAUUUUUAAGUUUUACAUGAAUACAAUCUUAUAUUAAGUAAACUUAGGUAUAUUAAUUUGCUUAAUAUAAGUAUAUUAAAUAUCUACAGUGCUUUUUAAAGUACUUGGAAAUAUGUCAUUUGUUGCUUUAGUUGCCCUUUAUUCUCCUCCUUUUAAUUAUGUUAGGUAUUUUAAUAGCAAUUUCUCAUAGUAGCUUAUGCAUGUUACUGGUAUCUCAAUUCCCAUGUGACAGUACCUUCUGUUUAUGGAAGAUUCAGCUUCCAGGAACUGGGAUCUUGAGAGAAUCGGCCCAUGGGGCUGGGGUUGUUCACACGCUUACAAACUGGCAGGUACAGAGCAUAUGUUUUGCCACUUGGGAUUCUGCAGCUAGUGAGUACUUUUUCUAAUUAGAGCAAAGUCAACUCUGUUCUGCUUUGUACUUGCUCACAUACAACCCUGCAGCCUUUCUCUUUACCUGUCUUCUCAUGUGUCUGGAGCUGCUACAGCUUCUCCCCACUCUGACAUGUAAAGCCUUAAUGGAAAUGCGCUUUUAAGAUGGAGAAGGCAGACUUGUGAACACCAGUUUUGAAACUCCAACUAAGCUGAACACAGUCAUGUAAGGAAAGCAGCUAACGUUGGGUGCCUUGUGUGGCAGAAUACCUGGCCUUUUGUCUUUGCCUUUUUAUCUUCACGUUUUGGAGGAAUUUAGGAUUUUAGAAAGCUUCAGCAAUUAUGUUUCAGGCAUUUCUGUCAGUUGGACUUCUCCAUGGAAUGAGUGACUACUGUUUGGGUAAAAAGUGCCUAGUAAUUUACUUGAAGCUUCAUACCACUGUGGUAAUUACCUGGCCUUUAGUGUAAUAUAUUUCAUCUUGUGUCUGUUACAUGUUUGUUGGUUCAUGAAUUUUAUACCUGUUCAUUUAAAAAAAAAUAA